GAUAAAACCCACUCUUUUCGUCCAGUCGAUGUCCAUCCGCCUCAGUGUAAAUAUUAAUCAAAAUGGGCAAGUUUAAGGUUAAUAACAAAACAAGUAUUUUGCUUUGUGUCGUACUUCUUGACUUCGUGAGUGGUUUACCUCAUUUCAAUUUGAUUGAGAGAUUUGACGAAGUUGUUGAGAAGAGUGGCAAAGACGAUUCAUUAAGUAGUUCAAGAGAUGAAUCUCUUCUUCUAACCCGCAUCCGGCGUGAAAUACUAGACGACUCUGAAGAAUAUUACGAAGGUGAAACUUCGGAUGAUGAAGAUGAUGGCCCCAUCCAGUCCAGGUUCGGCCACCACGGACAUGGUCACAAGUCCAAACGCAAAGGCCGCAACCACCCAUAUUUAGUUUUUCAAGGAGGAGUUGAUUACCAUUCUCCUUAUCCUCUGAAUAACGAAUACUUGCCGUCCAUCGGUUCUGAGUCGUGGGGAUACGAUCCUGGAUUCCACAGAACACCAGGAUUCCACGAAACACCUGAGUUUGGUAAGUCUAAACCAUGGAAUAGAGGAAAUGGCAACAAGUUCGGUCAUGUUCACAAUCAUGACUUCUACAUUCCUGGACACCACCACAACCACGACUGCGGACCACUCCACAACGGAGGACAUAAACACGACCAAGGUCACCAUUAUGGAUACGAUAAUCAUCCUUUAAAAAAACCAGUACUGGAUAAGUUUCCUAGCAACAAGUCACCUACAACUUCAACUACAACUACCCAAAAGACUUCCACCCUGCCAAAAAUUGACAUUAGGGCAGGGGAGGUUACACAGUGAUUGACUGAUCAGUUUCUUAAAUUAUAUUUGAUUUAUAUUAUUUUCAAUUCAAGAAAACAAUAUAGAUAUCUAAGCCAAUAAGUUAUAAAUGCUGUGACCAAAAUGAGUAAUAAAAAUGACUUCGGCUAUCA